AUGGCCACCGUCACCGUCCUCUACCCCAACGAGCCCGACGCCAAGUACGACGUCGACUACUACGUCAACAAGCACAUGCCUCUGGCCGGCUCGACAUGGAAGCCGUACGGCGUGACGAGCUGGUCCGUCACCAAGUACGCUCCCGGCCCCGAUGGCGCUGAGCCCAAGUACGCUUUCGCCGGCAUUCUCCACUGGGACAGCAUCGAGAGUGUCAAGAAGGGUCUCGCGUCGGCAGACACCGCCACGAUCAUGGCGGAUGUCCCCAACUACAGCAACAAGCAGCCCGUACUCAUUAUUGGCGAGGACGCUAAGACGGUUACCGUUUAA